GAGAGCCCUCCGUUGCAUCAGAGCCCCUCACUCACUCUCCUCCGCCAGGCUCCCUGCCUCCAACACAGGCAGGCUCCGAGAGAAGCUAAAAGGAGGCGAGAGAAAAUAAUCAAGCAUCGGUGAUGGCGCCUGCUAAAGCUAGAUCGCUGCUACUCGGGUUGCUCUGGCUCCUUUUGACGGAAAAUGUCCGGUGUCUUCACGGCGACGAGGACCAGAACCAGGACACCGAGUGUAAGACGAAGAGCGUCACCGUAUCCGCGCUGCCUUUUUUAAGGGAAAACGACCUGAGCAUCAUGCACAGCCCGUCGGCCUCUGAACCGAAGCUUCUUUUUUCCGUUCGAAACGAUUUUCCUGGAGAUGUCGUGGUAGUGGACGACCUAGAAAACACCGAGCUUCCAUUUUUUGUCCUAGAGAUUUCUGGGAACUCAGAGGACAUCCCUUUGGUGCGAUGGAGGCAGCAGUGGCUGGAGAAUGGUACUUUGCUCUUUCACAUACACCAUCAGGAUGGCAGCCUAAGCCUCCCUGAACCAACUGAAGAUCCAGCAAACACUUCUGCAAAGGAGGAGCUCCGCAUCCUGCAUAUCUCAGUGAUGGGUGGGAUGAUUGCCCUUCUGCUGUCCAUCCUGUGUCUGGUCCUCAUUCUCUACACCCGCCGACGCUGGUGUAAACGCCGCCGGAUCCCUCAGCCUCAGAAGAGUGCCAGCGCUGAGGCAGCUAAUGAGAUCCAUUAUAUCCCCUCAGUGCUGAUGGGAGGCCAGGCCCGAGAGAGCUUGAGGAACUCCCGGGGUCAGGGGCCAAACUCCAGUGGUACCCUCAGUAUCCGAGAGACUCCAAUUCUGGAUGGGUACAAGUACGAGUAUGACAUCACAGAUCUGCGUCACCAUCUGCAGCGAGAGUGUAUGAAUGGGGGCGAGGAAUUUGCAAGUCAAGUCAGCCGUACCCUGGAUUCACUGCAGGGUUGCAAUGACAAGAAUAAUAUGGACAUGACUCCUGUGAGUGAUAACAAGCUGGCUCUAAUGAACAAAUAUAAAGACAAUAUCAUUGCCACCAGUCCAAUCGACAGUAACCACCAGCAGAACACCUUGCUUCCACACAACACCUCCACCAGCCAGCGCAAGCGUCUCUCCAGCAACAAUCGCACAGGUUCAAGUUUCUUGAACCCAGACGGAGACUCUGGCACUGAGGCUGACAGUGAGCCUCAGCUGGCUUUUUACACCGACCCAAACCGCAGUCGACGCCGGAGUCGAGGUAUGAGAAAUGGUAACGCCAACAGCGCAUGGGGCUCAGGGGCAGCAGGUUCCCCAAGGAGCCCCAUCAAUAAGACCACACUGACUCUAAUCAGUGUCAUCAGCUGCGUGAUGAGCCUGGUGUACUGCUCUCACAUGUCCUGCAGCCUCUCAGUACGUGUAAUCCUGCAUGUGCCGGAGCACCUCAUUGCUGACGGGUCAAGGUUUAUCUUGCUGCAAGGAAGUCAAUUGGAUGCCUCUGACUGGCUGAACCCAGCGCAGAUCUUGCUGUACUAUCAGCAGAAUGCCAGUGGGCCGUGGGUGAAUGAACUGUGUGGACGACGCCUGCUGGACCCCUGUGAGCACCAGUGUGAUCAAGAGACAGGAGAAUGCAUUUGCCUGAGUGGCUACAUGAAGGACCCGGUCCACAAGCACCUCUGCAUCCGUAGUGAGUGGGGGCCCAAUCAGGGGCCUUGGCCUUACACCAUUUUCCAGCGUGGUUUUGAUCUUGUGAUGGGAGAGCAACCCUCUGAUCGUAUUUUCAGAUUCACGUACACUUUAGGAGAAGGGAUGUGGCUGCCUUUGAGUAAAAGCUUUGUCAUCCCACCUGCAGAGCUUGCCAUCAACCCUUCUGCAAAAUGCAAGACUGAUAUGACAGUUAUGGAGGAUGCUGUAGAUGUAAGAGAAGAAUUGAUGAUCAGCUCAUCCUUUGACUCUUUGGAGGUUCUCCUCGACUCAUUCGGACCCGUCAGAGACUGUACCAAAGACAACGGCGGCUGUAGCCGCAAUUUCCGCUGCAUAUCUGAUAGAAAACUGGACUCCACUGGAUGUGUGUGCCCCCCAGGAUUGAGUCCUAUGAAGGAUGGGAGUGGGUGCUAUGACCACCACAUUGGCAUUGAUUGCUCUGAUGGGUUCAAUGGAGGGUGUGAGCAACUGUGUCUCCAGCAACUGGCUCCUCUGGAAGAUGAUCCCACUCUCUAUAACAUCCAGAUGUUCUGUGGCUGUAUUGAAGACUACAAGCGAGGGCCAGAUGGAAGAUCAUGCCUGCCAUUAUCUGAUGCCUGCUCAGAAGGGAUAGACUGUGGGGAAGCUACAGACAUUCCAGCUAACCAAACUGUGUUUGGAGAUCUUUUUUAUGGCUACAACAAUCACACCAAAGAGAGCACCUCUGGACAAAUUCUGAAGGCCACGUUCAGACAGAAAAAUUUUGCUCGAGGUAUUGAGCAGCAGCUACCAGAUGGCAUGGUGGUAGCAUCUGUACCAACAGAAGUUCAGUGUCACGAGGAACUUUUAGACCCUGUGCCCGACCCAGAAUACCUCACAGGCAUGGUGAAUUACAGUGAAGUGUCUGGCUACCCUCUUGUGCAGCGUUGGAGUCUUCGCUCUGUGCUCUACCAUGUCAAACUCAAUCAGUGGGUUUUAUCUCAAGCCUUCAGCUCAGCCAUUCAUUCACUGGAUGGGGCAACACAGAGGGGUGACUUUGCAUCCAUCCUAAAGGAAUUUGGGAACCACUAUGUGCAGGAGGCCAUGUACGGGUUCCAAGAGUCCUGUACUAUUUGGUACCCCAACAAACAGGUUCAGAGGCAACUGUGGCUUGAGUACCAGGACAUCAGCAAAGGUAACUCACCCUCUGAGGAAUCAGAGGAGCAUGACAAGGAGCCUAGGACUUUGACCUACCCUGCAUAUAUUGCCAGUUUGCUGGACGCAGGAGCCAAGCGGAUGGCAGCCGGUGUCCGGAUGGAUUGCACCAGCCAGGGCCAGUGCCCUCGUUCUUGCCAUCUCUGCCAUAUGAGUCCAAGGGCGGCUCAAGGACGACAGCAGUCCGAGCCUGUGCUAUUGCAAAUCACCAAGGCAGCUCCCAUCUAUGAAUUGGUGUCCAACAAUGAGACAUAUCAGGCUCUUCAAGAGGCAAUGAUGAGCAUGCUGUGGUGUUCAGGGAGGGGUGACGUGAUUGAUGACUGGUGUCGGUGUGAUUCCAGUGCCUUUGGCGCAGAUGGACUCCCCACCUGUGCACCUCUUCCACAACCAAUGCUGAAACUAUCUUACACUUAUGAGCCGAGUAGCUCAUUGCUCAUCAUGGAAUGGAACCACACAGAACCACCAAUUGGUGUGCGGAUCAUUGAUUACCUCAUUAGCCAGGAGAAGGUGACUGAGAGGACUGACCACUCGAAAGUUGAGACAGAAACGCUCCUGAGCUUCGUGGAUGAUAUCUUGUCUGGCGCCAGAUCUCCAUGUGUGAUGUUAGGAGACAUUCCAAACCUGCUGUCCUCCUCGGUCAGCAUGAUCGUCCGCUGUCUGGAGCCUGACACCACAUAUAUGUUCCGGCUUUGGGCAGUUGACAACACUGGGCGUCGCUCCAGUCCAAGUGAGGUCACUAUUAAAACUCCAUGCCCAACUGUGGAUGACGUCAAGGCUCAAGAAAUAGCUGAUAAAAUCUACAACCUAUUUAAUGGCUACACUAGUGGGAAGGAGCAGCAAACAGCAUAUAACACUCUGAUGGACCUUGGUGCUCCAGCGUUGCAUCGAGUUCUCUACCACUACAACCAGCGAUAUGAGAGCUUUGGAGAAUUUACCUGGAGGUGUGAGGAUGAGCUUGGACCCAGGAAAGCUGGUCUGAUCCUCUCGCAGUUAAAUGAACUUUCCCCAUGGUGUAAAGGCCUCCUCCAGGAGCCCAAGAUUGGCCUUCGUAGGAUGUCUCUCAAGUUCCUUUCCUGUCGCUACACUGACACCAAGACCUUUGAAAUGAACUGGGCAGGUAUGGGCCAGGAUGUACACAAAGCAUGUGAUGAGCAAAUGCUCACUGUCAUGUAUAAUGACUAUGGUGAGCCCAAGGAAAUCUAAAUGUACAGUAGUGUUCAGAAUUAUAGUAGUGCCAUGUGACUAAAAAGAUUAAGCCAAGUUUUGAGUCUAGAUUUUAUGCUUACAUGGGAAACAAGGUAUACAAAGGGGCAAAAAAUGAUUGCCUGUUCAUCUUCAUACAAGGGUGUCAAACUCAUUUUUGUCGUGGGCCACAUCAUAGUCAUAAGUUUCCCUCGGAGGACGUGUUCAAAAAUUUUAAAAAGGCAAAUGGUAAUAAAAAUAGCAAGCAAUAUCUCUAUUUU